AUGAACGGAGCCUUAGAAGCAGCCAACAAAAAUAUCAAGAAGAUAUUGAGAAAAAUUACUGAAAAUCAUAAAGGUUGGCAUGAGCAGCUGCCUUACGCUUUAUUGGGAUACCGUAGUACCGCCAGAACUUCAACAGGAGCAACUCCAUACUUGCUGGUCUAUGGAACUGAAGCAGUCGUACCUGCUGAAGUUGAGAUACCUUCCUUGAGAAUCAUUCAAGAAGUAGAAUUAGACAAUACUGAAUGGGUCCGAGCUCGAUACGAGCAAUUGGCUUUAAUUGACGAGAAAAGGAUAGUUGUCGUACGUCACGGUCAACUGUACCAACAAAGAGUGUCAAGAGCUUUUAACAAGCGAGUCAGGACUAGACUUUUUCAAAUUGGGCAAAUGGUGCUCAAAAGAAUUUUUGCACACCAAGAUGAAUACGAAGGGAAGUUGGCUCCCAACUGGCAAGGUCCUUAUGCGGUCUGCAAAGCACUCUCCGGAGGAACGAUAGUAUUGGCAAAAAUAGACAGACAAGAGUGGCCGAAACCAAUCAACUCAUAUGCAAUCAAGCGUUACUAUGCAUGA